AUGGUUCCUCAGCUCGUCACUAUCGAUGCCUCAGAGCCACUGGAGAGGAUCUACGAUAUCAUCGCAAAAGAUGGCGGAGUCAUCGUCUCCAACCUGCUUUCUCCCGAGCUCUUGCAAGAAUGCAUGGCCGCCAUCGAACCUCACAUGAAAGGUCGCAAGCUCUACGACUCGAACUCCACUCAUGGCGAGCUAGGUGCCUACUUCUUCCCAGAAGGCUCGCAGCGCGUCUACUCCUUACUGGCCCGAAUGCCAGAACAGGUCACCAAAAUCAUGCGCUUGCCCGUCUGGCAAGGCAUCAUGGGCAAAUUCCUGAACGACGAGUUCGCCUCCUAUACUGGCGAACAUCUCGUCCCGCAAAAGAGCGGCUUCAUGCUCGCCUCCACAGCAGCGCUGCGCCUCGUGCCUGGCGCGAAGCCGCAAGCCAGAUCCUGCUAA